GUCGUAGCAGCAACACACAGCAUCAACCGGAGCAAAACGCCAGCGCAAUCAACCUCUGCAAACUUCCCCGUACAAGACAGGGGAUCACCGGAGUCCAGGAAUCGAUCGACCGGAGGUAGUAAGUAGUACACAGAGAAGAGAUCUCCGCAAAGAAGAGAUGAGCUCGUGGGCGAGCAAGAAGGCGUCGUCGCUGGUGGUGGCGACGAGCAUGGCGGCGGUGGAGGCGCUCAAGGACCAGGCGGGGCUCUGCCGCUGGGACUACGCGCUCCGCUCCCUCUACCGCCGCGCCAAGGUCGCCGUCCCGGCCUCCCUCUCCUCACCAGCCUCCUCCGUGCCCGCCGCGGGCAAUGGUGCCACCGGUGCCUCUGCUGCCGCCGCUCGCGCCCGGCCCACCCGGCCCAGGAGAUCGGAGGAAGAGAAGUUGCAAAAGGCGCAUCACCUCGUCUGCUGGGGACCCAAUUAAUUUGUUACCCCGCGCGCUGUCCCUUUGUUGUUCUACUUCCAUGAGAUUCCAGCUUCUCUGUUUUCUGUUUCUUCCUAAUCUCGGCCAUCCGCGAAUGGUGUGCUGUAAAAUGAAAAUCGAGAUAUAUAUUUCAAAAUCAAGAUUUUGAAAUAUA